AUGAAGUUAUAUAUUGAAGAAAGCCUUAAUGGUAAACAAACCAAAAAUGGUUGUAAAUAUUAUGAGGAGUUUCAGAUACAUUUUUGGGAAAAACCAAUAACAGAAUAUGACCGUAUAUGUAUGCAAAACAUACAAGCACACUAUAGAAGUAUGGAAAGUCUGGAAUGUGAUCAUAUGCAAAUACAAACAAACCAACAAGAUCUUCCCCCUUCUUAUAAAGAUAUUGAAAAUAAUCAUGAUACCGUAGAUAGAGAUAAUAAUUGUAAUGGUAGAUAA